AUGGACGAGGCUCGGCGCUGUAAGAGGAUUGGGGGACGGGUCCGGGUGACGCCGCCUGUCGCUGAGCGCUCUGAAAUUCCUCCGCCGUGUAAUCCUGAAUGGAAGCAAGAAAUCUACAGAAUCCACCAAUCAGGAGACGGGAGGAGAUUGCUUUGUGUCCUCCUCUCUCAGGCUGAGUUUGAGAAAGCGGCGGAGGAGGCGAAGAAGCUGACCAAGAAGCCGGCGGAUGAUGAGAUGCUGAAGCUGUACGCUCUGUAUAAGCAGGCGACUGUGGGGGACGUGAACACAGCUCGGCCGGGAAUGUUGGACUUCACAGGAAAAGCCAAGUGGGACGCCUGGGAGUCCAAGAAAGGAAUCUCGCAGGAAGACGCCCGGGCGCAGUACAUCGCGCUGGUGGAAGAGCUGAAGGGGAAAUACAGCUCCUGAGAAGAGGAAGGAUUUCU